CAGGAAGGAAUGAAAAAAUUUUUAAAUACUAUUGAUAGAAUUGCUCCAAUAUUAUUUCAAACAAAAAUCUAUUAUAAUACAACAUUUCGUACAUAUGAACAAUUUGAAAAAUUUCAUCUACAACAAUCAUUACAGGAAAAUUUUUUAUUAAUUUCAUUUGAUUCAUAUAAAAACCGGACGAUUGAAUAUACCAUACGGAUGGAAAAACGUUUUAUACCUGUAAUGCCGUUAGGUGGUGUUGGUGAUUGUGAAGAUAAUGGUAUAAUGGCCAAACCAACAUGUGAUCCAUAUAAAUUUUUUACAUAUGGUUUUUGUACAAUACAAGCCAUUAUGGAUACAGCAAUUAUAAAAUUUAUGGAUCGUGGUUAUAUAAGUAAUAUUGUACCGAAUUUUAAUAUCGGUAUAUUUCCACAACCAUUAUCAUUCAGUAUGAGUAAAUAUCAUAUGAAAAUGGUUAUAAGUUUUAUUACAUUAUCGUUUAUGCCAUUUUUUUCAAUCGUACCAGUAUCAUUGGUACAGGAAAAAGAAAAACGUAUUAAAGAAGCAAUGCAUUUGAUGGGUAUGAAAACAUUACCAUAUUGGUUAUCAUGGGCAUUUGUUGAAAUAAUGCUUAGCAUAAUACCUUGUUUAUUAACAACAUUUGUAUUUGUUUUAUUUGAAUUGACAAUAUUUAUGAAUCCAUUAUAUUUUUAUAUAAUGUUACAAUUAUAUUCAUUAUCAUUAAUAUUGAUUGGAUUUUUGGUUAGUGUACCAUUUCAAACAACAAAAGUAGCAUCGAUUGCAAGUUCAUUAACCGGUUUUUCUAUACCAUGGUUAUUCUAUGGCUUGGAAUUAAUGUCCAUAUCAAUGGAAAUGGAAAAAUAUAUGGCCAUAUUUUCACCAUUAGCAUUUGCAUAUACAAUUAAAUAUUCAAUGCUGACUAUUGAACAUAUACCAUGGUAUUCAUUAACAGAAUAUUCACUUGGUUUUGGUAUGAUUAUGAUUAUUAUUGAUAUCAUACUAUAUACAGUAUUACUUAUAUUAACGGAUAUUUUCCUAACGAAUCGGGAAACAUUCAUAAAUACAAUAAUACGUUUAUUUAAAACACCGGUAAAAAGUGAAAAAUUAAAAGAAUUACAACGAAAACGACGUCCGAAAAUUGUUGAUAUUGAAACAGUGGAUGAUGAUUUACAGGAUGAUAUCCUAAUACGUGUCCGUAAUGUAUCGAAAAUUUAUGAUAAAUUUUCCAUUGCUGUUAAUGAUUUAUCAAUGGAUAUAUAUGAAUCACAGAUAACAGCUUUGUUGGGACAGAAUGGAGCAGGUAAAACAACAUUAAUCAAUAUGAUUAUUGGUUCAAUGCAACCAUCAUUCGGUCAGGUUACGGUUUGUGAUCUUAAAGUGGAUAAUAUAUUUCAUGUUGCCGAUUUACGUACACGUUUUGGUAUUUGUUUUCAAGAAGAUAUUAUUUUCGAUGAAUUAACACCAUUGGAACAUUUAAAAUUUUUCGGACGUAUAAAAGGUGCUAGUGGCCGGCAAUUAGAUCAGGAAAUACGUUUCCUAUUGGCACAAACUGAUUUAACAGCUAAAAUGCAUCAUACGGCCGGUGUAUUGAGUGGUGGACAAAAACGUAAACUUUGUACAGCGAUUGCAUUGGUUGGUGGUUCACAGAUAAUAAUGUUGGAUGAACCAACAAGUGGUGUUGAUCCAUAUUCUCGUGAAAAACUUUGGUCAUUACUGCGUUCGUAUAAGAAAAAUCGUGUUAUCAUGUUAAGUACACAUACAAUGUAUGAAGCUGAUGUAUUAGCCGAUCGUAAAGCAAUUGUUGUUAAAGGUGCAAUUCGUUGUUGUGGUUCAUCAAUGUUUCUUAAGAAUAAAUUCGGUGUUGGUUAUCAUUUACGGUUGGAAAUCGAACCAAAAACUGUUGAUAUAAAAAAUGUUGAAAACAUUAUGUCGAAUCAUAUACAUGGUUCGAAAUUGGUACGACAAACACAAGAUGAAUUAUUAUUUACAUUACCGAAAAAUGAAACAUUUAAAUUUCCAACAUUAUUUGAAUCAAUAGAUAAAAUUAUCGAUACAAAUCAAGGUAUACUUGGUUAUGGUAUAAAAUUAACAACAUUAGAAGAUGUUUUCCUGAAAAUCUGUUAUGAAAGUGAUGAAAUAUUACAGGAACAAAUUAAUCAAACAACAUCAACAACAAAUCUAAAUGUAUUUGAUUUUAAUGAAUUGAAUAAGAUAAAAUUUAAACAAAAUUCCUUUCUAGUAAUGUGGUAUUUAUUUGAUGUUAAAAUGAAAGUAAUACUUCGAAAUUGGCAAUUUUUAAUAUCGAUCACCAUACAAGCAUUAGUAAUUGUAUUUUUUAUGUUAUUUACAUCGACAAGAUUAAUUGAACAAAUGCCACAACGUAUCGUAUUGGAAUCAAAUCAAUAUCCCGAUCAAUCGAUUGUUUAUUCUGGGCCAAAUAUCAAAAAUGAAUUAAAAUUAUUAUCCAAUUCAUUUCGUCCAAUCAUACAUGUUGAUAGUAUGAUUCUGACAAAUUUAUUGGGUAAACAUUAUGCUAUUACAUAUAAUCAUACUACCGAUAAUAAUAAGGAAAAUGAAUUUGAUUUUACUCUAUUAUUUAAUAAAUCAUAUCAAUAUGCAUUACCAAUAUUACAAAAUGCAAUAACAAAUAUGUUAUUACAAAGUGGUAAUUUAAAUAGUGAUUCAAAAGAACAUUUAAAUCGUAUUAGAACGGCUAGUUAUCCAUUACCAGAUCGUAGUAAUUCAUUGGAAGAUGGUUUAGAUAUGUUGUUUAUUGUUAUGUUCGGUAUGUCAUUGACACAAUUUCCAGUUAAUCUGGCAGCCGAAACGAUUAAGGAACGUGAUGAUAAUGUAAAAAGUUAUUUAAACAUAAACGGUAUGAAAAUAUUACAAUAUUGGCUAGUAACAACAAUGGUCGAUUCAAUUACAUUCGGUAUAUUUGUAUUUACAAUCAUUGUAUCGACAUAUUUUUUCGUACCAUUAUCAAUUUAUGUAAAUACAUUUGCAUUUAUCUGUGCAAUGAUAUUAUUAAUAUUAUAUAUACCAUGUUCAAUAAUGACAUGUUAUGUAUUUUCACAUUUAUUUAAUAAACGUGAAGUUGCACAGGCGUUAAUGUCAAACGUAUCAUCAUUAAUAGCCGGUUUUAUGUAUAUUAUGUCAUAUGUCAUACGAGUUAUAUUCAAAUCAAAUGUAUCAUAUCGUAUUAAUUAUUUUAUUUGGCCAUUUUAUAUACCAUUUGGUGCAAUGCAAAGUUUAGUCUAUGUAACUAGAGAACAAAAAUUGGAAGAUUUUCCCAGUUUUGGACCAUAUUUUUAUUGGAAUAAUAAUGUAUUACCGGCAUAUGUUGCGAUGAUUGUACAUUUUCUGAUAGGAAUGAUUUUGUUACCAUAUUUAGAUCAUAUGAAACAAGAACGACGUUCAUUUAAAUCAAUAAUUUGCUGUCAGAAAAGAAAAGAUCCAAGUGAUGAACCAUCGAUUGAAACCAAUCCCGAAGAAGAUUUACAAAUGGAUGAAGAUGUUUUUGAAGAAAAAUUACGUGUAAAACAAAUACUACGAUCAAAAUUCAAAAAUGAUAAACCAUUAUUAGUGAUUAGAAAUUUAACAAAAGAAUAUCCAACACAAACUGCAGUGAAACGUUUAAAUCUUACUAUGGAAUCUGGACAGAUUUUCGGUUUACUUGGUCCGAAUGGUGCAGGUAAAACUACCGUUAUGAAAAUUAUUGUACGUGAUGAAUUGGAAACAUCGGGGAAACUUUAUUUGGAAGCAGUUAAAUUUAAAGAUCGUUUACCACCAAAUUUAUUAGCAUAUUGUCCACAGGUUAAUCCAUUUUGGCCGGAUAUUACAUUGAUUGAACAUUUAUAUUUAUAUGCAUCGAUACGUGGUGUACCGGGUAAUCAAAUGAAAGAAAUUUGUGAUAAAUUAAUCAAAGCAUUCGGUAUAACUGAAUAUAAAAAUCGAAAAUUUCGUAAACUAUCCGGUGGUAAUAAACGAAAACUUUGUCUACUAAUAUCAAUAUUAGCCGAUGUUAAAUUGACAAUGUUGGAUGAACCAUCAACCGGUAUGGAUCCUAGUUCGAAAAGAUUAAUGUGGAAUUUAAUAAUAAAAAAAUUCGAUCCAAAUGGACCGAAUAGUGCAAUGUUAACAAGUCAUUCAAUGGAAGAAAUUGAAGCAUUAUGUACACGUUUAGCUAUUAUGGCUAAAGGUAGUUUAAAAUGUUUAGGUAACAUACAACAUUUAAACAAUAAAUAUGGUAAAGGAUAUUUCCUUGAAAUUAAAUGGAAAAAAGGUUUUGAUUUUGGCCGUAUACAACAGGAAAUCAUUUCCAUUUUCCCUGAUAUGCGUAUUAAUGAACAAAAUCCUGAAUUAAUUAAAUUAAUUAUACCACAAAAUAAUGUUAAAUCAUUGGGUGAUUUUUUUCAUACAAUGGAAAAAUUAUCAAAUGAUAAUCCUGAAAUUGAAGAAUAUAGUUUAAAUCAAUCAUCAAUUGAACAAUUAUUUAUUGAAUUUGCUAAUGAACGUGGACAAUGUGACAAAGAACUCAUUGGAGUUUGUAAUGAAAAUUCUUUGUUUAAAAAUGAAGCUCGCUAUCUAGUUAAACGACGUGAUCCAGAUCUUUGGGCUGAAGUAUUGCAAGAAUCAAAUCCAUUCCGGCGACAACUUAUUGAUCAGGUGGUCCAAACUGCCCUUUCCGAAACACAAGAUCCUGAAGAUAUUUCAGUCACAGUGAAAGCAUUCAUGGCAGCCAAUUUGCCCAAUGAAUUGAUUGAACUUUUGGAAAAGAUUGUAUUAGAUAAUUCGGUUUUCUCGGAUCAUCGUAAUCUACAAAAUUUGUUGAUAUUGACAGCCAUCAAAGCUGAUCAUAGCCGUGUAAUGGAAUAUAUAAAUCGUUUGGAUAAUUAUGAUGCACCGGAUAUUGCAAAUAUUGCUAUCAAUUCGGAAUUGUUUGAAGAAGCUUUUGCUAUAUUCAAAAAAUUUGAAGUAAAUACUUCAGCUAUACAAGUAUUGAUUGAUCACAUUAAAAAUUUGGAUCGAGCAUAUGAAUUUGCUGAACGAUGUAAUGAACCGGCUGUUUGGAGCCUUUUGGCUAAAGCCCAAUUACAAGAAAAUAUGGUUAAAGAAGCAAUCGAUUCAUAUAUUAAAGCAGGUGAUCAGGUUAAUUAUAUGGAUGUGGUAACUACUGCUCAUCGAACAAACAGUUGGGAAGAUUUGGUUCGCUAUUUACAAAUGGCUCGUAAAAAGAGUCGUGAACCAUAUAUUGAAUCCGAAUUGAUCUAUGCUUAUGCCAAAACAAAUCGGCUAACUGAUUUGGAAGAAUUUAUUUCUAGCCCAAAUAAUGCAGAUAUUUCUAAAAUCGGUGAUCGUUGUUUUGAAGAUAAAUUAUAUGAACCGGCUCGUAUCCUAUAUGAUAAUGUUGCUAAUUAUGGAAAAUUGGCCAUUACAUUGGUUCAUUUGCAACAAUUUCAAGGUGCUGUCGAUUCAGCUCGUAAAGCCAAUUCAACUCGUACCUGGAAAGAAGUUUGUUUUGCUUGUGUUGAUCACAAUGAAUUCCGUUUGGCUCAGAUGUGUGGUCUACAUAUUGUAGUUCAUGCCGAUGAACUUGAAGAUUUAAUCAAUUAUUAUCAAAGCCGUGGAUAUUUUGAAGAAUUGAUUUCCAUGCUUGAAGCUGCUUUAGGAUUGGAACGAGCUCAUAUGGGCAUGUUUACUGAAUUGGCUAUUCUUUAUUCCAAGUAUAAACCGGCUAAAAUGCGUGAACAUCUUGAAUUGUUUUGGAGCCGUGUGAACAUUCCAAAAGUUCUUCGUGCCGCUGAAUCGGCUCAUUUGUGGUCAGAAUUAGUAUUCCUUUAUGAUAAAUAUGAAGAAUAUGAUAAUGCAAUCAUAACAAUGAUGAAUCAUCCAACCGAAGCAUGGCGAGAAGGUCAUUUCAAAGAUAUGAUCACUAAAGUGGCUAAUGUUGAACUCUAUUAUCGGGCUAUACAGUUCUAUUUGGAUUUCAAACCUUUACUUUUGAAUGAUCUUUUGCUUGUCUUAGCACCACGAAUGGAUCAUACACGUUCAGUGAGUUUCUUCACCAAGACAAAUCAUCUACCAUUGGUAAAGAAUUAUCUUCGUUCUGUUCAAAGCCUAAACAAUAAAGCAAUCAAUGAAGCAUUGAAUGAUUUGUUUAUCGAACAAGAAGAUUAUCAAGCAUUGCGUACCUCGAUCGAUGCUUUUGACAAUUUCGAUACGAUCGCUUUGGCACAACGUUUGGAAAAACACGAACUGAUUGAAUUUCGACGUAUUGCUGCUUAUUUAUAUAAAAGUAAUAAUCGAUGGAAACAAUCAGUGGAAUUAUGCAAAAAGGAUGGCCUUUACAAAGAUGCCAUGGAAUAUGCAGCCGAAUCAAAACAAGCAGAAGUGGCUGAAGAUCUUUUGCUAUGGUUUUUGGAACGUAAAAAUCACGCCUGUUUUUCAGCCAUGCUCUAUCAAUGUUAUGAUCUGAUUCGUCCUGAUGUCGUAUUGGAAUUGGCCUGGAGACAUAACAUUAUGGAAUAUGCAAUGCCCUACUUGAUACAAAUACUUCGUGAAUACACUACUAAAACGGAUGAAUUGAAAGAAACUGUUGAAACCAAGUUAGAAGAAUCAGUUCAAAAUGAACAAAAACAAUCAUCCAUAGUUUAUACACAAGAUCAAUUAAUGUUGACCGCACCACCCGGUAUGAUUGGAGCAGCACCACCAAUGUCCGGAUUUCAACCACAACCACCACCCGGUCAACAAUUCUUUCAAAGUUAUGGAAUGUAAAACCAACAACAAUAUCUUUCCAAUACCCAAAUUACCCAGUAAUUUAUCUUUUAUGAUUUAUUAUUAAUAAUAAAAAAAUACAAAUAUUAUAUCCAUAAUUCCAAUUAUUAUUUGAAGAAAAAAAUAAAUGCUGGCACGAUAUAUGUCUGCCAUCUUGAUUUUUAUUCAUUUUAUAGAAGAAAAGAUAAAUAAAUGUUCAGAUUAA